AUGGCUAUAACUAUAGCUAGAGCUAUAUCUAAUGCUACAGCUAGGGCUACGCUUUGGCUUGGAAUCGGACUAGGAUUAGGACUAGGACCAGCGUCAGAAGCAAAACCAGUACUAGAAACAAAACCAGAACUAGGAACAGUACCAGGUUCAGUACCAAGAUUAGAGCUAAAGCCAGAACCAAGAGGAGGACUAGUACCAGGAUUAGGGAUAGGACUAGGGCUAACUAAGAUUAUGACUAUGUAUUUUGACUAA